GGUGAGAGAGAGAGAGGGAGCCCCGUGAACUAUUAGCUCCGCCCCCCCGCGGGUCGCACCGGGAGCAGUAAGGACGGAGCCGGUGACGGAGACAAACGCUCCUCCUGCAGCUCUGAGUAACUUUAUUUUCUUUGUCCUGUUUCUCGGGUUCUGCUCGGCUCCCUUCGGUUCUGUUGGGCUCUGUUCGGCUCGGCUCUGUUCUGUUCUGCAGCGGCAGAGAGACGCACGGAAAGUUUGAUAGUCCAGGAUCCGGCAGAGCGGGAUCGGAGACCCGGAGACCCGCCGCGGACUGACGGCCGAGGUCUUGAACUUCCACAGCGAUCCUGCACAGACCUGAAGACGUGAACCCGAUCCCCGCGACCGACCCGGACUCUGAUCCGGUCUCUCCCGGGUUCAGUCCACCCGGACGCACAUGGGCGGACCGGGUCUCUGCGUGCACGCAGUCCUGCUGCGGAUCCGACUCGGUUCUGAUUGAUUGAAGCCAUGCAACUUUUGGACAGUUAGUCCUGCAGGAGGGGGACCUGGAGUAGAAUGGAUUAUCACCGCGGAGCCUGCCGGGAAACGACCAGCUUGAACGCGAGGGAAUGAAGCAGCGAUGACUAUUGAUUAUUGAUUUCUACAACAAAAAGAAGAAGAAGAAGUGAUUCAUCUACAAUCCUUGUCCGCGGGGCUCUUCGGAGGCUUUUGAUGUGUUCUGGUUCCGGUCCGUGCGUGUCUCAGAGCUGAAGAGAAGAGCCGGAUGUUCGGCGGGACGCAGCGCUCCGCCACGCCGCACAUGGAGCGCUCCGGGCGGCCGCCGUCGCUGCUGCUGCUCGGCCUGCUGCUCCGGGUCUGCUCCGCCGUCACCGACGACCGGCUCAUCUCGGACCGGUACGCGGUGUUCUGGAACAGCUCCAACCCCAGGUUCUUCCGGGGCGAGUACACGGUGGAGGUGGCCAUCAACGACUACCUGGACAUCUACUGUCCGCACUACGAGUGGGCGGAGCCAGACGAGCGCAUGGAGCAGUACGUGUUGUACAUGGUGAACUACGACGGCUACACCACCUGCGACCACCGCCGGAAAGGGUUCAAGCGCUGGGAGUGUAACCGUCCUCAGAGCGCCAACGGGCCGCUCAAGUUCUCCGAGAAGUUCCAGCUGUUCACCCCCUUCAGCCUGGGCUUCGAGUUCAGGCCGGGACACGAGUACUACUACAUCUCUUCUCCGCCUCCGAACAUGGCGGCAAAACUCUGUCUGAAGCUCAAGAUCUACGUGAAACCAACCAAUGACUCCGUGUACGAGUCUCCGGAGCCCUUUCUGACCGACGACACCACUGGCGGCUGCAGCCUCGCUUUGCCCCGCCUCCCCGUGCUGAUCGCCAUGUUGCUCCUCAUCCUCCUCCUGCUCGCCUCCUCAUAGCACCUCCUCCACCCCCUUCUCCUUCCUCCGUUUGGACAGAUCUCCAUCCGCCUGUCGGAGGAAACCUGGGGCGGGGAAAGAAAAAAAAAAAAAAAAAAACCCCGGCGCACUGCUCUCCCUGACUCCUCUUGACCUUUUACCUGAACCUCAGCCAAUCAGAGGAGGCUGAGGUCACUGGUGGGAGGAGCCCGGAGCUUCUUUUUGAGUCACUGCUGGGAUCUUCAUUGCUAUGUGGAUGUUUCUGUUCUGAGAAAGUCCAGACUCCUUUGACUCCCUCGUUAAUUUAUACAUUGUUGUGUGUGUGUGUCUGUGCGUGCGUGCGUGUGUGUGUGUGUGUGUGUACACACACACACACACACGCACGUAUCUCUCAUUCGACUUUAGUUUGGUAUAUUUCUAGACUUGCUGCCAAAGUGAAACCUGAGUUUUUGAAUUUUAUUUUACGUUACUGAGUCUUAAAACAUCUUACAAAAACUUUAAAUUUAAAUUUAGCGAAUAAGUCAAUCUUAAGGGCGCCACUGGUUAGUGUGUUUCAUGUGCUCGUCAUGAAUCUACAAGCGAGCAAUCAAUGAAGAAGCAGUUAUGUGUAAAACAACCGUAACAUAAAGCUGACUGAGGAUCCAGAAUGAUGAAGGUUUAUGGUUCCUUUAUACAUUUUUGUGCAUGAAUGGGUCAGAGGGUUCUGAUCGUAGUCACUCGCGCGCUCCUCGUCCGUUAAACAUUUAGAGCAUUUUGGUCUUUGAAGAACUAAACUGUAAACUUACAAAAAUCUCGUACACUUUACAUCGCAGCUCAACAUUCCGACUCAACCAUUCGUUCUGGAGGUUUUCUUCUGUUCCAGCUGAAGAUGAACCUCGUUCAAGGUGGUGGAUCCAUCAAAGUAAACGAUCAUCAAGUAAAUGUUACACUAUUGAAUUGAGGUAUUUACCUUCAUCCUAGAUGAUUUUCCCUCUGAUGGAUAAUACAACAUGUGCAACAGUGUGUAAAAUGAAUGGAGAUCAAUGAGGGCCCCUAUUGUUAACAUACAAUUCAUUAAAUAUAUUCAGAACCCCUGCAAUUCCAGAUUUGAAAUGAAACCCAUGCAAAUUAUUGGUGUUUUCCUACCUGCACAUUGACAAAAAUGACAAAAACAUUUUUCAGACUUUAGGGGCUUUAUAAUUUAGCAGGUAAAACUUUAAAGUCACCCAUGAGUAAAGAUCUCUGACUAAAUAUAUAAAAAUAAUGGGAUUUACAUCGGUAGAAAACUGACUAACCAGUGAUUCUAUUAAUGAUAUAAAGUUGUAGCGUCUCAGGGAACAGAUUUAAAAUAAACAGCAUUCAUCUUUUCAUGUACAUAGAUCUGUACUAAACAUCUGCCUGAAACAUGUCAUCUGCACAAACAGACUUCAACUGCAGCAACGCAGCAGCUGAAUAACACACACGGAGAGGACGGAUGUCCCUCUCAGGAGCUUCACUUUUCAAAAAGGAAUAUGUUCUAGCAAUGUUAGAGGUAGAGGUAUUACAACUUGACAACUACUGGUUCACAUGUCAAUCUAAGUUUGAGAUUUGACUGGCGACAGAUGCUUAGACACAGAGACCAACAGUAUGAGUUACUUUAGCCACACAGACCUAUUGGUAAAGAUAACGCAGCUUCACAGACCUCCUGGACGAGCUAACACAGACCUACUAGAUAAGCUGACGCAGCUUCACAGACCUACUGGAUGAGCUAACAGACCUAUUGGUAAAGAUAACGUAGCUUCACAGACCUACUGGAUGAGCUAAGACAAACCUACUUGAUGAGUUAAUGUAGCUUCACAGACCUACUAGACGAGCUAACGUAGCUUCACAGACCACCAGGAUGAACUAACGUAGGUUUACAGACCUACUGGAUGAGCUAACGUAGCUUCACAGACCUACUGGAUGAGCUAACGUAGCUUCACAGACCUACUGGAUGAGCUAACGUAGCUUCACAGACCUACUGGAUGGGCUAACGUAGGUUUACAGACCACCUGGACGGGCUAACGUAGGUUUACAGACCUACUGGAUGAGCUAACGUUGCUUCACAGACCUACUGGACGAGCUAUUGCAGCUCAGCAGAAAUCCCAAUAGAUGAAAAAAUAAAUAAAUUGAGUGUUCAGCCCAAAUCAAGACUGUCUGAUUAAACUUCUGACGGUUUCAGAUCUUGUGGCUAAUUCAACGUAAUCACCUGGUUAAAUACAAAAGUAAUAAUCAUAAAAAAAGAACUUUCAUUUUGUGUUUCUCAAUAGCGGAUGGACUUUUAUUUCUGUAAAUCUGCCAAAGACUAUUGGUUCACUUUUCUAUAAGAUGGAAAAGUCAAACAGCAGCUAAAGUGGCCAUUGUGACCACGCCCACUUCUGCCAUAGGAGGCAGAACAAUGAGAGGAGGAGGAGUCUGGUCUAUUUCUCUUUUUUCUAUACUGUGUUUUUGUUGUCAAUAAAAUAAAAACGAAUGUUAAACGCAAAACAAAAAUGAACCAAUCAAAAAUGGCCUUUUCCCCACUGGUGCUGAAUUUUAUGUCAUUGACUGACGUGUUUUCUAGGAAACAGCGACACCUUGUGGUCCUGAGGACUUUUCUUUAUUUCUCUUCAUCUUCACCAUCUCCGCUGAUGGAGGACGAGCGUGUCCUUGGACGAACAAGGGCAUGCUGGGAAAUGCAGUAUGUGUAAACGAAAGCACUGUGAUGGAGGGGGGGGGGGGUGGAAAACUUUUCUUCUUUAUUGGUACAAAAACAGCGAAAACUCAAGUUUUUCCUUUAAUGUUUGUGCCAUUUUUUCAGUUUUAAAAAAACGCAGGUGAAAAUUCAUAUGAGAUAUGAAUUCAUGAAGGAAUCAGAUGUUUGUUGUUAUUGUUGCUGCUGUUGUUGUCGUUGUUGUUGUUUUCUCUUUUAUGUUCCUGCUUGCAUCACAAUAAAUUCUUGUACUUGUAAUCCUGUU